AGCUGGGCUCGGCCCGCGGCGGGAGGAGGAGGAAGGAGGGAGGGAGCGGGCUGGCGGCGGGCGGAAGGGGGAGGAGAGGACGGGCCGAGCCAGUCCGGAGGGGCCCGGAGCGCGGAGAGGAGAGACGGAGCAGCGGCUCCCGGCCCCGCCAGCCCCGCGCCCCGCCGCCGCCGAGAUGCUCCAGACCUUGUAUGACUACUUCUGGUGGGAACGGCUGUGGCUGCCUGUGAACUUAACCUGGGCUGACCUAGAAGACCGAGAUGGACGUGUCUACGCCAAAGCCUCAGACCUCUAUAUCACACUCCCCCUGGCUUUGCUCUUCCUCAUCGUUCGAUACUUCUUUGAGCUUUACGUGGCCACACCACUGGCCGCCCUCCUGAAUGUAAAGGAGAAAACUCGGCUGCGGGCCCCUCCCAACCCCACCUUGGAGCAUUUCUACCUGACCGGCGGCAAGCAUCCCAAACAGGCAGAGGUAGAGCUGUUGUCCCGGCAGAGUGGGCUCUCUGGCCGCCAGGUAGAGCGCUGGUUCCGCCGCCGUCGCAACCAGGACCGGCCCAGUCUCCUCAAGAAGUUCCGAGAAGCCAGCUGGAGGUUCACGUUCUACCUGAUUGCUUUCAUUGCCGGCAUGGCUGUCAUUGUGGAUAAACCCUGGUUCUAUGACAUGAAGAAAGUUUGGGAGGGAUAUCCCAUACAGAGCACCAUCCCUUCCCAGUAUUGGUACUACAUGAUUGAACUUUCUUUCUACUGGUCCCUACUCUUCAGUAUCGCCUCUGACGUCAAGCGAAAGGACUUCAAGGAGCAGAUCAUCCACCACGUGGCCACCAUCAUCCUCAUCAGCUUCUCCUGGUUCGCCAAUUACAUCCGAGCGGGGACUCUCAUCAUGGCUCUGCACGACUCUUCCGACUACCUGCUAGAGUCAGCCAAGAUGUUUAACUAUGCCGGAUGGAAAAACACCUGCAACAACAUCUUCAUCGUCUUUGCCAUCGUCUUCAUCAUCACCCGACUGGUCAUCCUACCCUUCUGGAUCCUGCAUUGCACUGUGGUGUACCCACUGGAGCUCUAUCCUGCCUUCUUUGGCUAUUACUUCUUCAAUUCCAUGAUGGGAGUGUUACAGAUGCUGCAUAUCUUCUGGGCCUACCUCAUUUUGCGCAUGGCCCACAAGUUCAUAACUGGAAAGGUAGAAGAUGAACGCAGUGACCGGGAAGAAACAGAGAGCUCAGAGGGCGAGGAGGCUACAGGUGGGGGAGGAGCAAAGAGCCGGGCCCUAGCCAAUGGCCACCCCAUCCUCAACAACAACCAUCGUAAAAAUGACUGAACCGUGUCCCUGCUCCCCCUCAGAUUAAUGUGUAAAGCCAAGGAACUAGCCCACCUCCCCACAGGGUCACUUCAGCUCUGGAGAGGAAGGAGAAAGCCAGAGGCGAGUUCUUCUCUGUGCCCCUACCCUCUGCUUGUCACCCAGUUGCCUUUAAACCAAAUCCUAACCAACCUAUCCCCACGUCUCUACCUGGGGAGAUUGGUUAGUCUUUGUUAGAGGGGGACGGUCUAUUUCCAAGUCAUCCUUUCUAUUGCUUUCAAGACCCUUCCUCAGCCCUGGGGGUGGGGAUUACAAACUCACAUUCCUUAUCCUUCGGAAUUUGGCCCUAGCUGUUUGCCUUUGACUCCCUGACCUCCAGAGCCAGGGUCGUGCCUUACUGUCCCAUCUGUGGGCCUCAUUCUGCCAAAGCUGGACCAAGGCUCACCUUUCUAAGCUCCCUAACUUGGACCAGAAACCAAAGCUGAGCUGACUUUAACUUUUUCUUUCCGAAGAUGCACAUGAACUAAGUGUAGGAGGGUACACAUGACCCUUACCCUACCUCUGCCAAAAAGUGGGGGCCAUAUUGGGGACUGCUCAGACGGUCUUUGUGUUACUUCUCUGCCAGCUGUCCCUGUAGUCACAGGUCCAAGAUCUUACUGCCUCCUUUCUCUGGCCUCUUCCCCUAGGCUAGUUGGUUUGGAGUAGAAUGGCAACUAGUUUUUUUUCUUUUGUUUUGUUUUUUAAUUUAUUAAACAUUUGGGGUUUCGGUUUUAAAGCCAGAAUUACAACUAGCACCUGGCAUUUUUAGCAAUGGGACCACUUCAGACCAAAAUGUACUGUUAAUGUUUUUUUUUUUUUUAAAUAAAAUAUAUUGAAGAUUAAGUAAAACAUGGCAACAAGUGUCUGAGAUAUUAGGAAUUGAGAAGGGGAUCAACUAAAUAAACUAAGGUAACCUUUCUCAUGCUUUCCUCACAGUUACAUAAUUUCUUUCUAAAAUUUCACAUAGCAAAUAAG